AUGGCUGCGAAGACAGCAGCAGAUUACCCCCAGCUGAAGGCAGAAAUCCUGGCCAGAUCCGGAGUAAUGAAGGCGUUGCAGGCCCAGAGGUUCCAUGAGUGGCAGUAUAUGGAGGACAAGAUACCCCAAUUGCAAUUGUUUGAUCUGAUCCACCUGACCCGGAAAUGGCUGCGCCCUGAGGCCCUCAGCUCUGAGAAGAUGAUGGAGCUCCUGGUACUGGACCGGUAUGUGAGGGGGCUACCACCAGGCCUCCGGGCUUGGGUUGACCAGAAUGCCCCCUCCACCUAUGAUGAGUUGGUCUCCCUCGUGGAAAGACAGCUGGCAGCCUGCAAACUGUUCCAGACCCCAGGGGAUAUUGCCAAGGAGGACUGGGAAGAACAACCCAACCCAGGAAAGAAUGUCAUUGAGCACGUGACACAGAUGAGAGAACGAAUAACUCGAGUAACCCCUAUAGCACGAGAACAUUUGGAAAAAACACAAGAGGCCCAGCAGACAUAUUACAACCGUCGGGCAAAAGUAUGGAGAUUUCAGUUGGGGGAACAGGUAAUGGUGAUAGUACUGAGAGCAGAAAGCAAACUCCUAGCCAGCUGGCAUGGACCAUAUGAGAUAGUGAAAGCCAUUGGGGAGGUGGACUAUAAGGUCAGAAAACCAGACCACCGAAGGCCAGAGCAAAUCUACCACAUCAACUUACUGAAGCCCUGGCAUGACCGAGAGACGUGCCUGGUCAUGCGAGGAGCUCCAACCCAGACAGAUGACCCACAGGGGCAGGUGAAGAUAUCUUCUGAGUCAACUCCAGAACAACGAACAGAGGUCAUUGAUAUGAUCCAACGGAACCAGGAUGUGUUCUGUACACAGCCGGGCUGUACAACACUGGUCCAACAUCAUAUUGUCACCAGUCCCGGAGUAAGGGUGACGAUAAGACCAUACCGAAUACCGGAAGCUAAAAGGGACGAAAUUAGGACAUAA